AUGCUUAAUAGCAACCUCCUUCGCUGUGCGGAAGCUGCUACGGAGAACCAAGUGGCGAGGACGGAAAGAUUGAAUGCGAAGGCCAAGGAUCUCCUCCGACGCAGAGGAGAACUCAGAAGAGAUCCUACAGCCACGCAUCUGGAGAAGUCGAUUGUCAAUAAGGCAUGUCGUUUAGCUGUCAAAGAAUCUCUAAAGGAAUACCGGAAACAAAAGCUGAUGACAGCAGCAAUGCAGAGGAAGAGCUUGAAAUGCUGCCGAAAAGAUUUGGUGGACUAUCGCACUGAAACGACAUGCCUCAAGGACAAUCAAGGACGGCCAACGACUUCGAGACAAGGCAUCGAGAGCAUUGUAAUGGACUUUUAUACAAAGCUGUACCGGUCAACGACAGUUGUUCCAAGGUCGCCGUGCCCUGCAAAUGACGAGAUUCCACCAAUUCUAAUCUCUGAAGUGAGAGGUCGUAGGAACGACGGUAUAUCAGCAGAGCUUUUGAAAGCAGGAGGAAUCACAAUGCAAAAGGUAUUAGCGGAACACUUCAAUCACUAUUUGAGAAAAGGUGAGAUACCGGAACAAUGGAAGUGUUCCAAGACGCUGAUCGAGAGAUGCAAAGAAUAUAAAAUGCCGUUGAUUCUCACUUUUGUUGACUAUACUAAGGCUUUUGACUCGGUCGAGAUAAAUGCCGUGCUGAACGCCUUACAACAUGCAGGAGUCGAUCCGACCUACGUCAAUGUCUUAGAGAAAUGUAAAUAG